CGGCUGGGCGAAGAUGUUGCAGAAUAAAAUCACUUGUUUACCUUAUCUACUGCUUAGGAAAAGCAAAUCUGCCAUCUGAAUGAGGAACACUGCUUGCCCUCAGUCUGUCACUUUUUACUUCCAUAGUGAAAUUUUCAUCCCAAAAUCUGUUGUAAAGUGCCCUGCAUUUAUGUUGGAACAAAACUGAAAUACAUUCACCACUUUUUAUCUUGAGACCCUUCAAUGAAUUCGGGUUUCAAACAUCUGUCAACCAGGUACAUUCAUCCAACAGCAAUGAAGCUUCUGCUGGUGUUUGAUUUUGACCAUACAGUUGUAGAUGAAAACACUGAUACCUGGAUUGUGAAAUGUGCACCUGCUUCAAAACUUCCUGAUGAAAUAAAACAUUCCUAUAAAAAAGGAUAUUGGACGGAAUAUAUGGGCAGAGUAUUCAGAUACCUGGGGGACAAUGGAGUGAAAGAAGAAGAGAUGAAAAGGACUAUGACAACACUCCCUUUCACUGCAGGAAUGAAAGAUCUCCUGGAUUUUAUUGGUAAACACAAAGACUUUUUUGACUGCAUAAUUAUUUCAGAUUCCAAUGCAGUAUUUAUUGAUUGGAUUUUAAAAGCUGCUAAUGUCUCUCACCUGUUUGAUAAUGUGUUUACAAAUCCUGCAAGCUUUGAUGGCUCUGGCUAUCUUACUGUACAGAAUUGUCACAUUCAUGAUUGUGCCAAAUGCCCUGUAAACCUCUGCAAAAGAAAAAUCUUAGAAGAAUUUGUAGAAAACCGUUUAACUACAAAUAUGAAGUACUCACAAAUUAUCUAUAUAGGUGAUGGUGGGAAUGAUCUGUGCCCAGUAAUGUAUUUGAAAAAGAACGACAUUGUUAUGCCAAGACAUGGAUAUAUGCUGGAGAACAUGAUUUCUCAGUUGUCUCAAAAACUUGUUCCUGUGGAGGCAUCGGUCGUCAGCUGGUCAUCUGGCAUCGAGAUACUGGAAUAUUUAGAGUUACUUAUAAAACGAUAGUUCUUCGUAAUGAUGAUAAACAGUAAAUAAAUGGUGCUGCUAUUUUGAUCUUUGUAUGGUAGGAUCAGUUCCCUGUGAAUGUUAGAAAUUUUAACACUUUGUUUACACCACUUUAAUUCAUUGUCUUCCCUUCUACAUAGUCAGUAAUUGAAGGGAGAUGGGAUGGUUGGGAAGUGGAUUUGAAAAUGGAGAUGAAAAUACUGAAUGAAGCAGAUGCCAAAGUAAUUGUCAAAUGUAGUUGCUAUGUAACAUCUAUGUAAAGGAGCAAUAUGGUCUGUUUUAUGACAAAUUAGGUCUCCUCUAACUGUUUACAGGACAAGAAAAUGUAGGGUAACUACUUUUCAGAAUAUCCUUUUCUAUAAAUAAAAUUUUGUUCAAAUUCUGCAAAAUGGCAAAAACCACUAGUAGAAAGUUGAAAGAUUACAUUGCCUCAAGGCAAGACUGGGCUAUGGUAUCCCACUUUCAGCAGCAGUAAUUUUUUAUCCAUCUGUUAAUUUUACCUAAAGGCAUGUGGGUUAAUUUUUUGUUGACCUAAAUGAAAUGUAGUUUUGGUUUUAAUUUUUACCAGCAUAUUUAUGUCCCCAAGAUCCCUGUUAUUGGCAAGGUAUCUAAAGAUCUUCAUUGUAUGUAAUUAAGAAGGCAUUUCUUCAUGAUCUCAUCAUAUAAUUUAUUGUGGACAAUUAUUCUGUGUGUUACACAAAAUGUUUCUUGCACAUCUGUACAACAUGGCAGCUGUCCCUCUUCCCAUUUAACAGAUACUCUUCCAUUUAGUAAAUAAUGAUCAUUAUUCUGUAUCUAUCAGAUUAAUUGGUCAAAAAGCUAUGAUAUAACACACAGGUAGUAUCAGCAAGGAAUAAAUAGGAGCAACGUUUACUUUCUUUUUUCACUCAUCCUUACUAUGCAAAUGCAUUGUGAGGAAUUCACAGCCCAAGAUGCAGUGAAAUAAAUAUAUUCCCCUUGAAUUCCUAUGUGCAACAUUGGAGGUUCAAGGUGGAGACAUUGCAAACAAUUUUAGGUUGUUGGAAAUUGAAUGAUUGCUUGUUAUCAGAGAUUUAUGAGAAGAUUAAGUUUCAAUCACAUGAGCAGUCACAAUCAACUCAGAGCACUUCUCCUUCAGUCUGGCUUCAAUACCCAUGAUAUUCACCGAAAUAGUAGUUCCUUUGAUAGUGUUUCUCAAACACCAAGGGGCCCAAUUGUUUCUCUAGUUAGACACUACCUUGUGAAAACUGAGUGCAGAAAGAAGGUUAUCAAAGAUUUCAAACUCAUUUUGCAGCAUCUCCAGAUUUAUCAGAAAUUGCUGAUAAAUUUCAUAGUCAACUAGUGUCAACAUAGAUAACCAUCUUUGGGUAGAAAUAAGCAAACUGUGUGUAUUUUAGCUUUCAAAAGAAAGGAAAAGUAAAAUAAAAGAGGAAAUAGUCACUUUGAGAAAACAAUAGAUUUAAUGCAUCUGGCCAAAAUGCUAGGGAUACUCAUUGCAACUAUUCAAAUAGUUCUGCAGCCAAGGCUUCUCACUAAGUCAUUGCAUGUGUUCAUGAGACCUUACCAGAAGGAAGUGAUCUGGAAAUUACACAUUUUUGGCAGUUGCAGAGAGAUGGACCAUACAGGUUUACUUUGAAGUUCCACGGGACUUACAAGUGUGUAUAAAUCUGCAGCCAUAAAUUUCAAAUUAGGAUUUUUCUGAAAUGAUUGUGUUACUGAGGCACGAUAUGUAUCUUUACUAAUACGCGUGAGUGUAUCUCCCAGAGUUUCUAAUCCAUUUUCUCACAAUUUUAUAAACUAUUUGUUUUAAUGAAGGCUUUGAAACAUGUAAUAUAUUGUGUUACAUUAAUCCUUCUCCUAUUGUGAAAAAUGAUUGUGUUAAUGUUUUUAUUGAAUAUGUGGAAAAGCCUAUUUAGUAUAUCUAUGUUUUGAAAGUGAUGAUAAAAAUGUGGGGAGUAAAAACUAGAAAAAUAGCUGUUGACUAGCUUCCAGUUCUUUCAUGGCAAUCCUCUUUUUCAAGAGUUUGUCUUCUAAAAUUCAAAUUUUGAAGCUAAAGGGCUUGGUACAGUGAGCAAUAAAUAUUUGUGAAAAUCCAGCUUUCACUUAUGUUGUUUUGUCUGAAUACAAUGUGCCUGCUGCAGCUUUUGGAGUCUGUAUAUUGUUUUGAAAUAACAAAGACAUAACUGUAAUUUAUCCUGUUUUGUAAUAUUUUGUAUUUAAAGAUCAAUGCUUGUAUCAAUAAUAAUUAAUUAAAUAUUUUAUUAAGUAACUACAUUGUAAUGUGAAAUAUUUGGCUUGAUAUUAACAUAUACUUGUAAUAUAAGGAAGCAGGAUAUGUUUACAUAUAAAAAUAUGAUGUAUAAGGGUAUUGUUCCCUGAACGUGGUUAGCGGUUUUUGCACUCAGUCAUUGUCAAAGAACCAUGUGAUAUGUGCAAGAAGAAUUUAUCAGCCUUAUAAAAUUGUUCCUUGGUCAAUGCUUCUGAAGAUAAGAAUAAAUUUAUGCUGUGGUUUAAAAUACUUAUAUUUCAGUACCAUUAACCCUAAGCGAGGUAAGAGUUAUUGUUAAAACAAUAAAACAUAUUCUGGAAUAAUCUAAA